AUGAAGCUGGUAGUGGAGGUUAUUGAUGCUCAUGAUCUUAUGCCCAAAGACGGUGAGGGAUCAGCAAGUCCAUUUGUGGAAGUAGACUUUGAAAACCAACUAAGCCGAACCAGAACUGUCCCAAAGAACCUCAACCCCACUUGGAAUCACAAACUGUUCUUCCAUUUAGAUUCAACCAAACCUUACCAUCACCAAACUAUUGAAGUCUCAGUCUACCAUGAGAGGAGGAGACCUAUUCCCAGCCGAAACUUCCUCGGAAGGGUAAGAAUUCCUUGUUCUAUUCUAGUUAAGGAAGGUCAAGAAGUUUAUCAAACUUACCCACUAGAGAACAAGUGGUUUUUCUUUUCUGCGAAGGGUGAAAUUGGCCUGAAAAUCUAUAUUGCAUCCCAGUCUAAACCCAAAGCUAUCUCUUCCUUUUUUCCUUCAGAAUUAGAAAAACUCUCACCUUCAACUUCGCCACAACUACCAGAGUCUACAACUACUAAUAUUCCUCAUUGUACUCCCUCAACCACAGAAAAUUUAGACCUUACUGACAAAACAUUAGAAGCUGAACCCAAAGCUGAAGGUCCUGAAUUUUACACCUCAAAAGCAACCACAGAAGAAGCAGAAGAAGUAUAUUCAACUUCAGUGACAAACUUCCCCCCUGCAACAGGUAAGUUUAGUGGGAUUAAUACUGAUCAAUAUCCAAAGAAGGAAAGCAAAGAACCUGUCCUAGAGAUAACUCAACAACUACACAAACACCAAGUUCUCCAGCAGCCAAUGAUUUCAAUAAAGAGACGACAACGAGGUACUCCAGUCACAAUGCACUCAGUUAACCCCCAAGUUCAUCCCAGUAGCCAGCACUCAGUUAACCCUCAAGUCCAUCCUAGUAGCCAUGAUGAAGACUACAAUCUGAAGGACACCAAUCCACAACUAGGGGAGCGGUGGCCUAAUGGUGGAGCUUAUGGAGGAAGAGGGUGGAUGAGUGGUGGUGAAAGAUCCACAAGCACAUAUGACCUUGUUGAGCAGUUGUUCUAUUUGUAUGUUCGGGUAGUGAAAGCCAGAGAUCUUCCUCUAAGCACUCUCACUUCAAGCAGCGAUCCUUACGUGGAAGUGAAGUUGGGGAACUACAAAGGAAGAACAAAGCACUUUGAGAAGAAAUCAAACCCAGAGUGGAACCAAGUCUAUGCUUUCUCCAAAGACAGAAUUCAAUCUUCUGUUUUAGAAGUCAUUGUGAAAGAUAAAGAAAUGAUGGGCAGAGAUGAAUAUCUUGGAAGGGUGGUUUUUGAUCUCAAUGAGGUUCCAACCAGAGUUCCACCAGACAGUCCACUGGCUCCUCAGUGGUACAGACUUGAGGAACGAAGAGGAGAAGGGAAAGUUAGGGGUGAUAUUAUGCUUGCAGUUUGGAUGGGAACUCAAGCUGAUGAAGCUUUCUCAGAUGCUUGGCAUUCAGAUGCUGCCACUGUGUAUGGGGAGGGUGUUUUCAACAUCAGAUCAAAGGUUUAUGUGUCACCAAAACUGUGGUAUCUAAGGGUCAAUGUCAUUGAAGCACAAGAUGUGAUACCAAGUGACAGAAGUCGCCUGCCAGCGGUUUUUGUGAAAGCUCAGAUGGGAAGCCAAGUACUAACAACCAAGCUAUGUCCAAGUAGAACAACUACACCAAUUUGGAAUGAAGAUUUUGUUUUUGUGGCUGCUGAACCAUUUGAGGAGCAAUUGACAAUAACUGUGGAGGACCGUGUGAACCCUUCAAAAGAUGAGGUACUUGGGAAGAUAAUCUUACCAUUGACGCUCUUUGAGAAGCGGCUAGACCACCGGCCAGUUCAUUCUCGUUGGUUCAAUCUUGAGAAAUUUGGUUUUGGAAUGCUAGAAGCUGAUAGGAGGAAGGAGCUUAAAUUUUCCACCAGGAUUCACCUGAGAAUUUGCCUUGAAGGUGGAUACCAUGUUCUGGAUGAAUCCACUUUGUACACAAGUGACCAAAGACCAACUGCUAGACAGCUAUGGAAGCAGCCUAUUGGGAUACUUGAAGUAGGCAUCUUAGGAGCACAAGGGCUUCUCCCAAUGAAGAUGAAGGAUGGUCGUGGCAGCACAGAUGCAUAUUGUGUUGCCAAGUAUGGCCAGAAAUGGGUCAGAACAAGAACAAUUCUUGACACUUUUAGUCCCAAAUGGAAUGAGCAAUACACAUGGGAGGUUUAUGAUCCUUGCACUGUAAUAACACUGGGGGUUUUUGACAAUUGCCAUUUAGGUGGAGGGGAAAAAGGCUCUGGUGGCAGUGGAGACCGGGAUGUACGAAUUGGAAAGGUAAGGAUUAGACUCUCAACAAUGGAAACUCAGAGAAUUUACACACAUUCUUACCCACUUCUUGCUUUGCACCCACAUGGUGUUAAGAAGAUGGGUGAGCUUCAGCUAGCAGUGAGGUUCACUACCCUCUCAGUAGCUAAUAUGGUUUAUAUUUAUGGGCAAUCCUUAUUGCCCAAGAUGCAUUACUUACAUCCUUUCACAGUUAAUCAAGUAGACAAUUUAAGGUACCAAGCCAUGAAUAUUGUAGCUGUGAGGCUGGGCAGAGCUGAACCUCCCCUCAGGAAGGAGGUGGUGGAGUACAUGUUGGAUGUUGAUUCCCACAUGUGGAGCAUGAGAAGAAGCAAAGCUAACUUCUUUCGUAUCAUGUCACUUUUCUCUAGCAUAAUCACAAUGGGGCAAUGGUUUAGCCAAGUUUGCCAUUGGAAGAAUCCCAUCACAUCAGUUGUAGUUCACAUUCUUUUUCUGAUAUUGAUUUGGUACCCAGAAUUGGUACUUCCAACUCUCUUUCUCUACAUGUUCUUGAUUGGCAUGUGGAACUAUAGGUUCCGUCCUAGACACCCACCUCACAUGGAUACUAAACUCUCAUGGGCAGAAGCAGUUCACCCAGAUGAACUUGAUGAAGAGUUUGACACAUUCCCAACUUCUAGAUCGCAUGAUGUGGUAAGAAUGAGGUAUGACAGGCUUAGAAGUGUAGCAGGUAGGAUACAAACAGUUGUUGGGGACAUAGCUACACAAGGAGAAAGAUUUCAGUCUCUUUUGAGCUGGAGAGACACCAGAGCUACUAGCCUCUUCUUAGUGUUCAGCUUUUGUUCAGCUGUGAUUCUCUAUGCAACACCACCAAGAGUAGUGGCUUUGGUAACAGGUUUGUAUUAUUUGAGGCAUCCAAGGUUUCGCAGCAAGCUGCCUUCUGUACCCAGCAAUUUCUUCAAGAGGCUACCAGCUCGAACAGAUAGCAUGCUUUGA